AUGAUGGAGAUGAUAAUCACAGUAAGAAAAGUGAUCUUGAUCGGUUUUUCGAUCUUGAUACUGAAUUGGGUAUGGAGAGCUGUGAAUUGGGUAUGGUUGAGGCCAAAGAGACUGGAGAAAUAUUUGAAGAAACAAGGAUUUUCUGGGAAUUCUUAUAGAAUUUUGAUGGGAGAUAUGAGAGAGAGUAAUCAGAUGGAUCAAGUUGCUCACUCUCUUCCUCUUCCUCUCUCCGCAGAUUUUCUCCCUCGCAUGAUGCCUUUUCUUCAUCACACUGUUCUUAAUCAUGGGAAGAAGUGUUUCACAUGGUACGGACCGUACCCGAACGUGAUAGUAAUGGAUCCAGAGACACUACGAGAGAUAAUGUCAAGACACGAACUCUUUCCAAAACCAAAGAUUGGGUCACAUAAUCAUGUUUUUCUCAGUGGUCUUCUCAAUCAUGAAGGUCCUAAAUGGUCCAAACAUCGAAGCAUUCUUAAUCCUGCUUUUCGUAUCGACAAUUUGAAGAGCAUACUACCAGCAUUCAACUCGAGUUGCAAAGAGAUGUUAGAAGAAUGGGAGAAAUUAGCUUCUGCAAAAGGAACAGUUGAACUUGAUUCAUGGACUUACUGUCAUGACUUAACCAGAAACAUGCUUGCUCGUGCUUCUUUUGGUGAUUUCUACAUUGAUGGAAUCAAAAUCUUCGAAAUCCAACAAGAACAGAUCGAUCUCGGUCUCCAAGCUAUUCGAUCCGUCUACAUUCCCGGCUCAAAAUUCUUACCAACAAAGUUCAACAAGAGAUUGAGAGAAACCGAAAGGGACAUGAGAGCUAUGUUUAAAGCUAUGAUUGAGACAAAAGAAAAGGAGAUCAAAAGCGGAAGAGCUGGUCAAAAUGUGACUUCUUCAUUGUUUGUUUGGACACUCGUUGCUCUAAGCCAACAUCAAGACUGGCAAAACAAAGCAAGAGACGAGAUUUCUCAAGCGUUUGGAAACAACGAACCAGAUUUCGAAGGGUUAGGCCACCUGAAAGUCGUAACAAUGAUCCUCCACGAAGUUCUAAGACUCUAUUCGCCGGCUUACUUCACAUGUCGGAUAACGAAACAAGAAGUGAAGCUAGAGAGAUUCUCGUUACCAGAAGGAGUAGUAAUCACAAUACCAAUGCUCUUGGUGCACCAUGACCCUGAUCUUUGGGGAGACGAUGUGAAACAGUUUAAGCCCGAGAGAUUCGUUAACGGCGUAGCGAGCGCAACCAAAGGAAGACUAUCAUUCUUACCGUUUAGCUCGGGACCUCGGACUUGUAUUGGUCAGAACUUUUCAAUGUUGCAAGCUAAGCUCUUUGUGGCAAUGGUACUUCAAAGGUUCAGUGUAGAGCUAUCUCCUUCGUAUACUCAUGCUCCUUUCCCAGCUGCAACUACAUUUCCACAACAUGGAGCUCAUUUGAUCAUUCGAAAAGUUUCAAUUUAG